AUGGCGACGCCGCUCCCGCCGGAGGCGGACGCGUGGGAGGCGCGGGAGCUCCUCUACGAGGCGUACAACGAGCUGCAGGCGCUGGCGUCCGAGCUGGGCGGCGCGGCGGCGGCGGUGGCGCCGGCGGUCGUGGUCGUCGGCCACCAAACGGACGGCAAGAGCGCGCUGGUCGAGGCGCUCAUGGGGUUCCAGUUCAACCACGUCGGCGGCGGCACCAAGACGCGCCGCCCCGUCGCGCUCCACCUCCGCUUCAACCCGCGCUGCGACGAGCCCCAGUGCCGCCUCCUCUCUGCAGCCGGUGACGCCGACGAACAUGAUGAAGCCGGGGUUGCCGCGCGCCCCAUGCCGCUCGCCGACAUCCAGGCAUAUAUUGAAGCUGAAAACUUGAGGUUGGAGAAUGAUCCAUGCCAAUUUUCAGAGAAGGAAAUCAUAAUUAAGGUAGAAUACAAGCAUUCCCCCAAUCUCACCAUUGUUGACACUCCAGGCCUCAUCCUUCCAGCUCCUGGCCGUAAAAACAGAGUUUUGCAGAGCCAGGCUUCUGCUGUUGAGAGCCUUGUUCAUGCUAAAAUCCAGCAUAAAGAGACCAUUAUACUGUGCCUUGAAGAUUGUAGUGAUUGGAGUAAUGCAACUACACGGAGAGUAGUGAUGCAGGUUGAUCCUGAUCUCGCCAGGACUGUUCUAGUCUCCACAAAACUGGACACUAAAAUACCACAGUUUGCCCGCCCCUCUGAUGUUGAAGUGUUUCUUCACCCACCAACUUGUGUGCUAGAUGUUUCCUUAUUGGGAGAUUCUCCCUUUUUCACAUCAGUACCUUCUGGUAGAGUUGGUUCUUGCCAUGAAGCUGUGUUCAGAUCAAAUGAAGAGUUUAAGAAGGCCAUCUUAUCAAGAGAGUUGGAAGAUAUUGCAUCUAUUGAAGACAAGUUAGGAAGGUCACUUACAACCAAGGAGAGAGAUAGAAUUGGAGUGGGUAACUUAAGAUUAUAUUUGGAAGAGUUGCUGCAGAAGAGGUAUGUUGAGAGUGUUCCAUUAAUCAUUCCACUUCUUGAGAAGCAACAUCGAAAUACAACAAGUAAAUUGCGUGAAAUCAGUCAUGAACUCAGUGAUCUGGACGAAGCCAAACUGAUGGAGAAAGCUCAGCUAUUCCAUGACUCAUUUUUGACCAAGUUAUGUUUGCUAUUGAAAGGCAUGGUGGUGGCACCUCCUGAUAAAUUUGGAGAAACUUUAGUUAAUGAGAGGAUUAAUGGAGGAACAUUUACUGGAAGUGAGAAUUUCCAGCUCCCAAACAAGAUGAUGCCAAAUGGUGGCAUGCGUCUUUAUGGUGGUGCACAAUACCAUCGGGCAAUGGCUGAAUUUCGUCUGGUAGUUGGUAAUAUCAGGUGCCCUCCAAUAACUAGGGAGGAAAUUGUCAAUGCUUGUGGUGUUGAGGAUAUUCAUGAUGGGACAAACUACUCUAGGACUGCUUGUGUAAUUGCCGUGGCAAAAGCACGUGACGCAUUUGAGCCAUUCCUUCAUCAGUUGGGUUUUAGGCUUUUGUACAUACUGAAGAGGCUGAUCCCAAUCUCUGUUUAUCUGCUGGAGAAAGAUGGUGAGCACUUUAGUAGCCAUGAAGUGCUUGUAAGGCGUGUCCAGGAAGCAUUCAAGAGGUUUGCUGAAUCCACUGAGCAAUCAUGUCGUCAAAGGUGUAUGGAAGAUUUGGAGAGUACCACUCGUUAUGUCACUUGGUCCCUUCACAACAAGUUCAAUUGCUUUCUCCUCAUGCCGAUUGUUGACAAAUUACCAGCGCUUCUAAGACAAGACCUUGAAUCAGCUUUUGAAGAGGAACUUGAUAGCAUCUUUGAUGUCACUCAGCUGCGCCAGUCACUUGGGCAGAAGAAGCGAGAGUUGGAGAUCGAACUGAAGCGGAUCAAGCGCUUAAAGGAAAAGUUUGGGGAGAUAAACAAGAAGCUCAAUUCUCUUCAGGUUAGGCAGUAG